AUGCCUUACAUGUUCGUACAAAUACUCAAUCGGCAUGCACCCAAGGUCAUCGAACAGCCAGCUCUAUCCGAUCUUGACAAGAAUGGAACGGGUCUGUCUCUGAACCUAAUGUUUGGCCUCGAGCUCGAGCGGCAGAUGGAUGCAAAGAGGGAAGAGGGACUGCUUCGAGCCUGGAAGAUACAGUACAAUUGGUACGAUCAACCCCGGGCCGUGAUCUCGCCGGCGACCGAUACGUCGUACAGGAACCUCUCAUCAGAGUCCGUACUGGUCCCAGCGUUGGAUCAUAAAGACACCGGUCCGCCCUUUGCCAGCCGCGAACGGUCCGGCAUAUGCGCGUCCCUCCAUCCUCCGGAUUAUUCGGCUGCUGUCCGAUCUUGUUCGGGGGGUCCGGCUCCAGCUUUUGUUCAUAUGGGGGUUGAAUUCGCAGGUCAACCUCUCACACUGCCCGUUACGGUAAUCUUCCAACCAUGGUUGGUCGAUCAGGUCGAGCACAAUAACAUGUCUCCGACCGGAGUCGGGCCCCUCCUCGAGUCGUCUCUGGUGCUGGCGAGCCUACUCCGACGCACAGUUGUCGCCCAUGGCCAGCUUGCUUUUUCACAAUUCUCAACCGUGAUAGGGUCUGGUAGUCUGUUAUUCGCUCUUGUAACCACUUGGUCGGCGCCACCAUUUCCCGGGCACGAUAAUACGGACACAUGUGCCGACGCCCUCACAAUCCUUCAGCUGCAUCCGAUCCACCCCACAACCGAUGGGCUGUCUCACUCUGGUCCUAAGGCCAUGUUCAUGGGUGACGAGGAACACGAUCAAGGACCCCGCGUCCUGCAGCGUAACAUCAUACAUAAUUUAGCCUUGGAUGCCAUCCGAUGA